AUGCGCAGGGCCAUCGUCGUCGUGCUGCAUGCAGCGCUUGUCGCCGCGCUCUUGCCGCGACCAGAGCACGAUAUCGUUGAUGCAAUGAAGGGCCUUAUCGCCCGGCGGCUCGGCCAAACGUACGUCGACCAGUUUGUGCUCGAGGCGCUGCCGGUCGACGCGUCGUCGGGGCUCGACAUAGCGCACGUCGAUGCGACACCAGGUCGAGUGCACCUGCGCGCAUCCAGUGCGACGGCCAUGGGCUAUGGCUUGCACGCGUACCUCAAGGCCGCGGCCCAGACGCAAACGAAUUGGGAAGACGACCCGCUCGUGCUUCCGCCGACGCUGCCGGCGCUGACAACGCCACUGCGCCUUGGGCGGCAAGCCGCAUACACGUACUAUGAGAACGUGUGCACGUUCAGCUACUCGCAGUGGAGCUGGUCGUGGGCCAAGUGGGAGCGCCACAUCGACUGGAUGGUGCUCAACGGUAUCAACGUCCCAUUGGCAUUCACGGGCCAAGAAAAGGUGUGGGCGACGACCUUUCGCGCGUUCAACGUCAGCGCGUCGGGCCUCGACGCCUUCUUUGCGGGCGCGAGCUUCCUCGCGUGGGGCCGCAUGGGCAACAUCCAAGGCAGCUGGGUGCGCGGGCCGCUGCCAUCGUCGUUCAUUGAGCAGCAGUUUGAGCUCCAGACAAAGAUCCUUGCUCGCAUGCGCGCGUUCGGCAUGACGCCGGCCCUGCCUGCCUUUGGCGGACACGUCCCUGCCGAGAUGGUAUCCUUAUACCCGAACGCCAAGUUUGUGCAAUCGCCGCCUUGGGUUGGGUUUUCCCCGCCGUUCACAUCGGUCAUGAUGCUCGACCCCACGGACCCGCUCUUUCUCGAGAUCGGCUCGGCGUUCGUGCGGCACCAAGCCGCCCUCCUCAACUACUCUGCGGUGCUCUAUCAAACCGACACGUACAACGAGAUGGACCCGACCUCGAGCGCACCCGCCUACCUCGCUGCGUCGUCGUCGGCAGUCCUACGCAGCAUGCGCGCCGUGCACCCGUCUGCCGUGUGGCUCAUGCAAGGCUGGCUUUUUCGUUUUCGCGACGGUCUCAUCGUGCUCGAUUUGUACAGCGAGGUCAAGCCCAUGUGGCAAGCGACCGACAACUACUUCGGCAAGUAUUGGAUCUACUGCGUCCUGCACAACUUUGGCGGCAGCCUCGGGAUGCGCGGCGACCUCCCGACGGUCGCGUCCGACCUUGUUGCAGCGCGGGCGAUGAGCGCCGGCACGCUGCUGGGCCUCGGGCUGACGAUGGAGGGUAUCUUCCAAAACUACAUCGUGUACGACCUCGCGCUUCAAAUGCCGUGGCAAACCGCCGCGAUCGACGUUCCGACGUACGUCGAUGGCUUCAUCCGAGCGCGGUACCACGCCCCAACAAACGAUGCGCUCGACGCGUGGCAGCGGCUCGCGGCGACCGUCUAUAGUGUUUCCAAAGGCUUUGGCGGCGUCACCAAGUGCAUUGUGAGUCUCCGGCCACGCUGGGGGCUUCUCCAGACCCGGUUCAUGCCCACGGCGCUGACCCACGACGCGGACGACGUUUUGUUUGCGUGGCGGCGUCUCUUGGCGGCUGCGCCAGCGAUGGCGUCGCACCUGAGCUUCACGCGGGACCUCGUCGACGUGACGCGACAAGUGCUCAGCGACGGCUUGGCGGCCGACCUGGCGGCGCUCGAGGCGCUGUUUCACGCGCAGGUCGCGCCAAUUGAAGAGCUCAAUGCCGUGAUGCGCCGCAUGCAAGACUCGAUGGAGAUGCUCGAGCGCAUCCUCAACACGAAUCGCCACUUCAUGCUCGGUCCGUGGCUAGCCGACGCACGGGCGCUCAGCGAUGCGGACGACGAGAUGGCUAAUUACUUCGAGUACGAAGCCAAAAACCAAGUGACGCGAUGGGGCGACGCCAACGGCAACGCGCUCUCGGAUUACGCCGGCAAGGACUGGGGCGGUCUCAUAUCGACGUACUACCUUCCGCGCUGGCGCAUCUGGUGGCGCCACGUCCGCCAUGCGUACGUGGCACGCUCAGCGGUCGACUCGGCCGCGGUGCAUGCGGCGCUCGAGGCGUUCGAGCUCGCUUGGCAGCUCGAGCGUUCGGAUUUGCCCAUCGAUCCCGUCGAAGAUACCGUCCGCGUUGCGAUGGCCAUCGCCAAAACGCUGCUGCUCGACGAGAACGUGGGCGCAGAGCUUGCGAUAGACGCGUCAUCGAGCCUUCGCGAUCACGUGCUUGCGCGCGCUUGCCUCCUCGACUGCCUCUGGUAACAGUAUCGC